AUGAUAUAUAAAACAUUUAUUCAACAAGCACUGGGUCAAUCAUGGCAACAGGCCAUUAAAUAUGUACCUGUCGACAAACUUUAUGAUAUUGCUAAUGAAUUAUGGACUGAUAAAUCGGGUUUUGAUUUAUUACUCAAACAGACGAUAAAAAAAACAAUUGAUAAAGCUGUACCAAUAUGUUUAUGUUCGGCUUUAGAUAAAUCAAUAUCAUACAUUGAUAAAUGGCGGGAAAAAAUUGCAAUCAGAAGAAAUUGUUUGAAUAUUGAUGAGAAACCAUUACUAGAAGAAUUACAGCAUCUGACUUGGGGUAAUUCGUUUAGGACGUCGCUAAUCGCACAAGGAAAUUCCGUUCAAAAAGUCAGCACGAAUUCGAUUAUUUUGAGUCUAAAUUUGAUUUGA